GAGCGAUAUUUAAAAUGCCUUGUUGGUUGCUGGGAUAAGGAGCUGUAGUGUCUUGUGGGAUUUCGAGGCGUAGGCGCUCGGAGAAGUUUUAUCGUUUGUUUUAUCCUCUGGUUUUAAAGACCCCACUAUUCUUCAUCAAAUGGCGACCCGCCGUGCUGCCAUUUCCCAUGAAGUGGACAACGCUAUUGCGGGUGCGAUGAGAGCCAAAGCCCAGAUAAAUGUUAGAAGAGCAGCAUUAGGUGAAAUCGGAAACAAGGUGACAGUGCGUGGGAAGCAACCCUUGUCUAAGAACCCUAAUGCAGUGGUGAAGACUUCAAAACCUAUGCCAACUAAAGUGGUCAAUCUGAAAGCCAAGGUUGUUCAUGCUAAACCUGCAGUCAUUGAAGCUCCCCCAAAAGUGUCUUCUCCUGCUCCGAUGGAUGUGUCCAUGAAAGAAGAGGAGUUAUGUCAAGCAUUCUCUGCCACUCUGAGCAAUGUGGAAGAUAUUGAUGCAGAUGAUGGUGGCAACCCACAGCUUUGCAGCGAGUAUGUGAUGGACAUCUAUAAUUACUUAAGACAGCUAGAGGUCCAGCAGUCUAUACGUCCACGCUACCUAGAUGGGACCGAGGUGAAUGAGCGCAUGCGGGCCAUUCUGGUUGACUGGCUUAUUCAAGUUCACUCUAGAUUCCAGUUACUCCAGGAGACGCUCUACAUGGGUGUUGCAGUCAUGGACCGUUUCUUACAAGUUCAGCCUGUGUCUCGAAGCAAGCUUCAAUUGGUUGGUGUUACAUCACUCCUCCUGGCUUCAAAAUAUGAAGAGAUGUAUGCUCCUGAGAUUGCUGACUUUGUUUACAUCACUGAUAAUGCCUACACUACAUCUCAGAUUAGGGAGAUGGAAAUGAUUAUGCUACGAGAGCUAAAUUUUGACCUUGGACGUCCUCUGCCUCUUCACUUCCUGAGACGUGCCUCAAAGUCCUGUAGCGCUGAUGCUGAACAGCACACACUUGCUAAAUACCUGAUGGAGCUCACACUGAUCGACUAUGACAUGGUACACUUCCGCCCUUCAGAAAUAGCUGCUGCUGCCCUGUGUCUGUCCCAGAAGGUUCUUGCUCAAGGCUGUUGGGGAGCAACACAGCGCCAUUACACCGGUUACACAGAGGAUGACUUGCAUAUGAUAAUGAAGAACAUGGCUAAAAAUGUAACCAAAGUCAAUCAGAAUCUGACAAAACAUGUGGCUGUGAGGAACAAGUAUGCAAGCAGCAAGCUUAUGAAAAUCAGCACCAUCCCUCAGCUAAUGUCUCCCAUCAUCAUGGACCUGGCAAGUCUGUCUACACAGUAGAAACACUCUUCUGAACAGCUUUACAACCACUUUUUUGCACUUUUAUUGAACUGCCGCUGAUGGCACAAAUGCUGCUGUUUCUGUGUAUAUAGGGCUUUUUUAAAAUUGUUUAUAGACAUGUGUACAUCAAUACUGCAACUUCUGUAUCUGAAAUAAAAUUUCUUUUUUU